GACAUCAAACCGGAGGAGGUGCGCGGCGGAGACAGACAGGCCGUCCUCUGCUCCUGCUGCAUGUGAGGAGGAGACGGCGGGACACGGUCGAAGGAGGGGGGGGAAAAAAACCUACCGUUAACCGCCGGCUCUGUGUUCCUUGUCUGCAGAGUCGGUGGAUAGAAAUAGCAGACACCUAAAGAGUCUACCUACAAUACUGGGCUAUGGAUGACAUAUUCACACAGUGUCGAGAGGGUAACUCUGUUGCUGUUCGCCUGUGGCUGGACAACACAGAGAAUGACCUCAACUUGGGUGAUGAUCAUGGCUUCAGCCCCCUGCACUGGGCUUGUAGAGAAGGCCGGAGUGGCGUAGUCGACAUGCUGAUCAUGAGAGGCGCUCGUAUUAAUGUAAUGAACCGCGGAGACGAUACACCGUUGCAUCUCGCGGCUAGCCAUGGACAUCGAGACAUUGUGGCAAAGCUGAUUCAGUGCAAAGCGGACCCCAACACUGUCAACGAGCAUGGAAACACGCCACUCCACUACGCCUGCUUCUGGGGUCAAGACCAGGUGGCAGAGGACUUGGUGAUAAGUGGAGGCCAAGUGUGUAUAUGCAACAGGUAUGGACAGACGCCACUGGAUAAGGCCAAACCCAAUCUAAGACAGCUGCUUCAAGAAAAGGCAGAAAAAUUGGGACAAAGCAUGACUAAAGUCCCCUAUAAGGAAACUUUCUGGAAGGGCACCAUGCGAACAAGACCUCGUAAUGGGACCCUGAAUAAGCAAGCUGGUAUUGAUUACAAGCAGCUGUCGCUUCUGGCUAAGAUCAAUGAAAACCAGUCUGGAGAGUUAUGGCAGGGUCGAUGGCAGGGGGAUGAAAUUGUUGUCAAGGUGCUACAGGUGAGAGACUGGACCACCCGGAAGAGCAGAGAUUUCAAUGAAGAACAUCCAAAACUCAGGAUCUUUUCUCAUCCAAACAUUCUGCCUGUUCUUGGUGCAUGUCAGUCACCGCCUUCCCCUCACCCCAUCAUCAUUGCCCCCUACAUGCCGUAUGGAUCUCUCUACAACAUACUCCACCAGGGCACAACUGUGGUGGUUGACCAAAGCCAAGCAGUGAAGUUUGCUUUGGACAUUGCCAGUGGCAUGGCGUUCCUCCACACUUUAGAACCGAUGGUUUCACGACUCUAUCUCAACAGCAAACACAUUAUGAUUGAUGAAGAUAUGAUAGCCAGAGUAAGUAUGGCAGAUGCAAAAUUCUCCUUCCAGUGUCCUGGCCGUAUGUACUCCCCAGCAUGGUUGGCCCCUGAAGCCCUGCAAAAAAGACCUGAGGACAUCAACAGGAGAUCUGCUGAUAUGUGGAGCUUUGCAGUGUUGCUAUGGGAGCUGGUGACCAGAGAGGUUCCUUUUGCUGACCUCUCACACAUGGAGAUAGGCAUGAAGGUGGCUCUGGAGGGUCUCCGGCCCACCAUUCCUCCAGGAAUCUCGCCUCAUAUCUGUAAGCUGAUGAGGCUUUGCAUGAACGAAGAUCCAGCCAAGAGACCCAAGUUUGACAUGAUUGUCCCCAUCCUGGAGAAAAUGCAAGAAAAGUGAAUAUACCCAUGACCAUUUGUCUAUUUUGUUAAUCACCAGACCACUCUUUAUCAUCACCUAAAGCAUGUAUCUGCUAAAGCACUGUAAAUAUUAAUUUGAUCAAAGACCACUUUUGUCACCCAUUAUGAACAGUAAGUCUUGUAUUUCUUAUCUUGUAUAAUUUAAAUUUUAAGCUGAAACAUUUUGGUCUUUUAUUUUAGUUGAAAUAUUGAAAGUGUGGCUUCUGUUCAGCUAUGAAUUAACUGCUCACAGACAGAUCCAAAGAACUGUACAGGAAAAAAAAUGUUCUGUACACAUUAGCAAAUACCAGUGCAAUAAAUGUUUUGUAUUUAUGCAAA